AUGUCUAGAAAUCACACUUGCUCCCCAAUAUGUCCAAUUUGUUCUAAAACUGAAAAAACAAGAAAUAGGCUUUCAUACCACAUUCGGACAGAUCAUCCCAGAUGCUCAGAAUGCUCACAAAGAUUUCAUCGUCGAGAUGAAUAUUAUUUGCAUAAUUUAUUGAAGCACAUAGAAGAAAUUAUUAUUAAGAAUAAAUUACUAAAAGGAAGGAACACCCAAGAAAGACGAUGCUUAUUAUGUGGGCUUAAAUUUGCACAAAGGUGUUAUGCGCACUUGCAUAUACAAUGUGCUCAUCCAUUGCUUAAGCCAUUUUUCACAAACUUGAGAUUCACUUAA